AUGCUCUCUCUUCAAGCCCUCAUUCUCCUCCUUCUCGACGGUCUCCAAACCGUCCAAGCCCAGGGAGGCCCGCUUCCCUGCACCGGUCCCACGCGCGCCUGCGCCGCGCACAUCACCGACGGGGCCAACCCGACCCCGCCGCUCUCCAGCCGACUGGCCGACUGCUCCAGCUAUCAAGCUGUUGUGUUCAAAACCAAAAGCACCGGUGCAAGGGACACCACUAACCCAAUCCCCAUCAUCCCGCGUCGCAGAACCCUAACCACAACCGUCGCGACGACCACCGUAACCGUCACCACGAUCCUGGGCUACCCGGCGCGGCGCGGCAUCGCCGCCGCCCAGCAGGUGACGUCGACGCCGACGGCGGUGCCGACGUACCUGGACGACCCGUGCCACGACGCGAGGGUGUACGGGGCGGCGUGCGCGUGCCUGGGGGUGCCGCGCACGACCACGACGGCGGCGACGCCGACCGUGACCGAGUCGGUCACCUCGACGACCUUCACCACGGUGACCAUCACGCCGACCCCGGGCGCCUGCAUCGGGCGGAUCUGCCCGGCCUACGAAGUCUCGGAGUGCGGCCUAGGCGAGUUCGGCGCCUGCGCCUGCGGCCUCGACGCCACCGGCGCCAGCUUCUGCUUCGUCGGCUCCGAAUGCCCGCCCACCACCUGCGCCGUCAACGCCGACUGCCCCGAGGGCUCGCGCUGUCUGGUGGGCAGCUGCUGCUUGCGCAAUAUCUGCGCCGUCGAGGCGCCGGAGGAGGCCUGCACCUCGGGAUUGCGGCGGCGGCGGCAGCAGCAGCAGCAGGGGGCUGCGGUGGAGGUGGCCGCCCUGACGGCGGGGAAUUGUACCAGUAUCUCGCCGUGCGAGGAUGGGGAGCGUGUUUGAGAGGACGAAAGAAAUCUCACUUUCCUCGGGGAGGAACUGAGGUGGCGGACUGGGGGUGAGGGGAAAGGUUUGGGUCACUCGUUUGGUUUGAGUUUGAGUUCGAUGCUCUUUCGUGACUUUGUGUGAAAUUGUUGUUUUGUUCUGCUUU